AUGGGAAUUUUUAAAGAUGUUGAUGGAAUCUUCAAGCAUACGGAUGUGGAAAACGUUUAUGCCCCUCCUCCCACUCCCGAAGUUGGAUAUACCAUGGAGUUUCUCUAUAGCAAAUUGCAUAAGAUGGACAUUUGUCACUCGUCCGAACUUAGUGCUAUUCGCGAUGAUUUCAACUUUCUCAAACAACAAAAUCGUCAUCAAAAUGAAGAUGAAGAAAAGGAAGAGGAAGAAAGGAAUGAGGAGAAUGAAGAAAUGGAUGAAAGAGAAAAGCUUUGA